AGUGAAUCAUAAAACUAUAUGUUGCAAUUUAAUAUAGUUUAUUGAAUUUUCCUCUGAUUCACUUUUGUGUUCAACAUUUUUAAAAUUUGUCGAACUCAGAAAUUUAAAUAAUACUGAGUGUGCAUUUUUCUUAGUCAAAAGCUUUAAAAGAGAUUGAAGACUUGCAAGAAAAAGUAUAAAGAAAGUCUAAAAAAAUCCAUAUUAUGGAUGCAAGUUCAUUUUUCUUUGAAGAUAAGAAAAAAAUAAAAUAAUUCCAUCGUAUCCAUCGCCAAAAGACAGCAUUUGCAGUGACAAAUCUACAAAAAAUGCACGCACUUAAUUGCGUUCCAAGCGAAUUUCGUUAAACCAGAAAUAAAUAAAAGAAAAUAUAAUCAUAAAAGAGACAAAUACUGGCAAUAUGCAACAAUAACAUACUCUGUAUGUCAGAAAAAAGAUGGCAAGAAAAUGCAAUCUUCAAAACAAGUAAAAAACGCCUACUUUUUAUAUCGAACCUAAAAACAUGAUUACUAUCAUUUUUGGUAGUAGAAUCUUUUUAGGUAGCAUCGAUUGACCCGUAUCUUGGAGUUUAAUAAAAAGAGGUAGACAAAAAAGUGAAAGGAGCUUUUUUUUUGGUCUUAAAGGAAAGAAAAAGGUUAUUUUAUUCUUUUCUGCAAACUUUCAUUUUCUGUGCAUUGUUUAAUGAAUAAUGUAGGCUGUUCUCUGCCACCUUCAUGGGAUUUAAGCUGUUUCUUUGAAAGCCACAUACUUUCACAAUGGAUUAUUUGACAAGUACUUUAUUCAGACUCUUGCCGGGAAACAUGCUUUUAGACUUCCCGAAAUGUGUUGUGUGCCAACUACUUUUUAUUAUUGUGUUUGGUGAGAUGCAGCACUCAAAGGCACCUGUUUUCACCUUCGAGCCAACGGGCUUGAAUGUAUUUUCGAAUUCAUCUGGUGUCACCAUACCAUGUAACGCAGAUGGCCGUCCUCCUCCAACGAUUCGUUGGUUGAAGCAUGAUGGUCAACCUGCCCUAGACAUAUCCGGAUUACGACACAUUCGACAUGACGGAGCUCUCGUUUUUCCACCUUUUCCAGCAGAAGAUUAUAGAGCUGAUGUACAUGCCACUACCUAUAGAUGUGAAGUGACAAAUCCAGUUGGCACAGUUGGAAGUAGAGACGUCCAUGUUAGAGCUGUUGCCAACCAGAAAUAUGAAAUUCGUUUGUCGGAUGAGUUCGUCUUACGAGGUAAUAUGGCUCUUUUAAGAUGUCCAAUCCCAAGUUUCGUUAGUGACUACGUAAAAGUGGCUUCUUGGGAAAGAAUAGAUGGAUUUCUCAUUACUCCUGGAAUCAUUAGCGGGAAGUAUGGAAUGUUACAAAAUGGUGAUUUGUACAUUCGUGAUACUACAGAACAUGAUAGCGUAUACACGUUCCGAUGUCAUGCGGAAAAUAUUGUAACAAGAGAGAAAAAAGUCAGCAUGACUUAUGCAAAAGUCAUUGUGACUGAGCCCCAUCACAACCAACCACCGAGGAUUAUAACUCGUUCCAGCCGAGUAUCAGUCCCCGUUGGCCAAAAAGCUACUCUCUCCUGUUUGGCACAAGGUCAUCCCAUACCAACAUACAGAUGGCAUAAAGUGGCAGGAGAACUCAGAUCAGUUCCAGAACUUGGCUCAACAGUUCGACAAGAGGGAGGAGUUUUGGUGUUCCAUAAAGUUGUGUCUGCAGAUGGAGGGACGUAUAUUUGUGAAGUAAGCAAUAGUGUUGGGCAAGACAAAGUGGAAGCCGAAUUAAUAAUUGAAGAGCCUCUUCGAGUUAGUUUAUUUCCUCCAGAGCAAAUAUUAGAUGUUGGUAAGACGGCAAACUUCAACUGUUCAAUUCAGGGACAUCCAUUCAGUGCCGUAGUUUGGCGAAAGGAUAUGAAAUCCUUACCAAAUAAUCAAAGAAUCAUAUUUCCAACACCUACGUCAUUACAAAUAAGGCAAGUAAGAAGACCUGAUUCUGGAAUUUACCAGUGUUUUGUUAGCCGAGAAGAGGUUUCAGAGCAAGCUAGUUCAAGACUUAUUAUUGGAGACCAGGUUCCGAAAUUCAAGUUGACAUUCCCGGAAAAAAUUCUUAGACCAGGAAGUUAUGUGUCAUUACUUUGCGUUGCUUCCGGCAAUCCAGCACCUCAAAUGAGAUGGUUCUUAGACGGGAUUUGGCAAGUGUCCACUCGUCCAGGAAUUCUCGUGAGUACUUAUUUGAGUGGCAACGGCGAUGUGGUCAGUUACUUGAACUUCACUUCCGUGGAUGUAGCGGAUGGGGGAUUGUAUCAUUGUGAAGCUUUCAAUGAAGCUGGAAGUGUGAAGCAUUCCAAAAGAUUGAACGUAUUUGGGCCCUUGUUCAUAAGACCCUUGAGUAAUCUGACAGCACUAGCAAGUUCAGUUUUUACAGUUAACUGCCCGUUUGGUGGAUUUCCAUUUGAUAAAAUUUCUUGGAAAAGAGAAGGAAGACUACUGCCAAUAAAUCAAAGGCAACGUGUGUACCCUAACGGUACAAUGGUUAUUGAAGGAGUAAGACAUCGAUUAGAUGAUGGGCGUUACAGCUGUGAGGUCACAACAGGCCAAGGAAUUCCUGUUUCUCGAACAUUCCGAAUAUCUGUCCGAACUGGUCCAAAAGUAGCUAGUUUUUCUUUCAAGGACGACCUUCACGAAGGAAUGCUGACAGCCGUGACUUGUAUUGUUGAUUCCGGUGAUGGUCCAUUGGCCACAAGAUGGCUUAAAGAUGGUCAAGUUCUGCACGAAGAAGAACUAGAUGUAGCGGUAUUAUACGCCCAGGAUGGACACGUUACAACAUUGACCAUCCGUAAUCUAGAAUACAAACAUAACGGAAAUUAUACAUGUGAAUCAACGAAUGACGUUGCUACUGGAUCUUACAGCGCUUUUCUUACUGUGAAAGUUCCUCCGCGAUGGAUUUUGGAACCAAGUGAUUUAACUGCUGUGUCUGGACGCCCCGCAAAAAUAAAUUGCCAGGCUGAUGGAGUACCUCAACCUCAUAUCCGUUGGAAAAAAGCGACAGAACAUCCCCCUGAACAGUUUAAGACUAUUGUGAGUAGCUCCCAUAUUCAUAUUUUGGUGAAUGGUUCACUUAACUUUCAAAGUAUUGAACCAUCGGAUGAAGGAUACUAUCUAUGUGAAGCAAAUAAUGGAGUAGAUGUUGGAUUAAGUACAGUUGUGAAAUUAACAGUACAUAGUGCUCCCCAAUUCCAAUUUAAAUUUAAGGUAAUUGGAACAAGACGAGGUGAAAAAACCAUUAUCGAAUGCAGCUGCUAUGGGAAUAGACCUAUGAAUUUUAUUUGGCGAAAACAGGGAGCCAUUAUAGAACCAUUCUCUGAACCAAGGUAUCGAAUAACCCAAGAAGAACUAUUAGAUGGUGACAGAAGUAAAAUAAUAAUUGAAAAAGCUGAAAGAAAAGAUUCAGCGUUAUUUACCUGUACAGCUGUAAAUGAUUACGGCGAAGAUUCAAUGAAUAUCCAAUUAACGGUUCAAGACAUACCUGAUGCACCACAGAAUUUAGAAGUUCAUGAUAUUUCAAGCAGGAAUGUUCGACUUACAUGGAGUAAACCAUUUGAUGGAAAUUCUCCCAUUGUACAGUACACAGUUAUGUGGAGACGUUUAAAUGGUAACUCUUCGGAUGGACCUGUAUCUGUACCUGGAUCAGAAACAACUGUAACUAUCAGAGGACUGAAACCAAAAACUCGAUAUUUUUUCCGGGUAAAGUGUCAAAAUUCAUUUGGCGAAAGUCAAUUUGGUGCAGAAGUUGCGGCAACAUCUUUAGAAGAGCCUCCACGCCACCCACCUGAAGAUCUGAAAGCACUAGUUCUAUCAUCGAGGACUAUAAAUGUUACAUGGAGUAUGACCAUACAAGAUGACAGAAGCAGUAUUGAAGGAUUUUACGUCGGCUAUAAAUUGUAUGGAAGUGCUGAUACGUAUACUUUUAAGCCUAUACAGUUUACCUCUGAACCUUUACAACACUUUUUGAUCAGUAGUCUCAAUCGGUUCACUGAGUACAGUAUUAUCGUCCAACCAUUUAAUUCCAGAGGAGCUGGGCCACCAUCGGAAGAAAUCAAGGCGAAGACCUUACAAUUUGAUCCUCCUGGAGUACCAGUUAUCAAGACAUACUACGCUACAUCGACUACAAUUAAAGUGUCCUGGGAGCUUUAUGCACUACCUAGUGCUCCUGUGUCAGGAUAUAUUUUAAGACACAAACUUGAAGACCAGCCUUGGCAGGAGACGCAUUUGAAUGGUGAUCAGACAAUAUACACAUUGAAAGAUUUGCAAUGUGGUUCAACUUACUAUUUAAGCUUAGUAGCAUAUAAUGCUGUGAGCCACGGAAAUUCAAGCGAAAUUGUAUCAGCAAAAACAAAUGGAAAUGCCCCUAUUGCACCUGACAAACGAAUGUUGCUUACUGUCAAUAAAACAACAAUAAUGGUAAAUUUGAACAGUUGGCAUAAUGGAGGAUGCCCAGUUACCUUUUUCAUCAUCCAGUAUCGAACCAUUGGACAUCCAGAAUGGACAUUGGUCAGUAACAAUAUAAUACCAGAACAACAAACAAUCACAAUUACGGAUCUAACGCCGGGAGCCUGGUAUUCAUUGUUGAUGACAGCCCGUAAUGAUGCUGGUUCUACUGAUGCGGAAUAUGUUUUUGCAACACUUACUGUGACUGGUGAAUACCCUCCUCGACCUUCAGAAGUGAGUGAUGUAAAUGGUUCUUUUUACCGUCACUUGACCAUCACAGUGCCCGUCAUUUGUUCCAUUAUAGUUCUUGUUGCAGUACUUUGCGUGGUUUGCAUCAUCACUAUGCGAAGAACUUCCGCUAGAAGUCCCAGAACUCCAGAUGGUACAGAUACACGUGAAUCUACAAAACCUGAUAAUAUGCCACUUUCCGUAACAUAUGAUAGCAAUCAAGAGCCUGUGUAUUAUCCGUCCCCUUAUGCCACAAGCGGUACUUCUGGUUAUUGUAAAGAUCAGUGUGCCAAUUCCAAUCACCAACAAAGCAUGGGCACCUUUGGUAGUAACAGAUGUGGUUUUACAUAUGACAUACCAUACGCUCAGAGAAGG